AUGACCGCAAGGCGCAAGCAGCCCACGGAACUUCAUAACCUGAGCUCGCCCUCUCCCCUUCCUUCCCUCUCUCCCUCCUCACUCCCUCCCGCCUCCUCGCCCUCUGCCUUCACCACUGCUUUGGGGUCACCUGGAGAGGCCCUGGCUCCCGGCCACCUGGCCGCCUCCCCGAUGGUGUCUGCCCUCCCGGCGCCAGUCCUGAGCGUGGAAUUUGUCCCAGGCCUGGUGGACAGCCUGGCCUUUUUCCUCUGCUGCUUCCACGCACGGCCCUGGGCGUCCAGCGCUGUGCCCCUGGUCAGCCUGGUGGUGGGCGACUUCCUCCUGAUCACCAACCGGCCUCUUCGCGUGGACUGCCACUCCCUCCACGAGACCUGGCGCUUCGGGGCCACUGCCUGAGUUACCCUCUUCGUGAUCGCCGCCAACCGCUCAGCGAGCACGGUCUCCCUCGUGGCCGUCUCACUCGACCGCUGCCUGAAGGUGGUGCGGCCUCAGCACGUGCUGAGCAGGGCCGCCGUGUGGGCAGCCGCCCGGGGGGCCGGGGGACUCUGGGGGGGCAUCCUGCUCCUCAGCGGGCUGUUCCCGACCACCGAUUCCAGCCACUCCUGCCUCAGUUACCAGCUGGGCACGAGCCCCUCGGCCUCACUCCACUGGCACCAGGCCCUGUCCGUGCUGGAAUUCUUCCUGCCGCUGGCGCUCAUCCUCUUUGCCAUAAUGAACACCAUGCUCACCAUCCGGUGCCGCGGCCCGGACGUGCAGGCGGGCCCGUGGAGGGCCGUGUGCAUGCUGGCUGCGGCCGUGGCCAUCUACGCGGCCUGCUUCUUGCGCAGUAUCAUCUUCGGCAAAGCUUCCAUCGUGGCCUUCCACCUGCACGCCCGCUGCACCCUGGACAUCUGCUCGCAGCUCUUCCAUGGCUCCCUGGCCUUCACCUACCUCAACAGUGCCCUGGACCCCAUGCUCUACUGCUUUUCCAACCCCAACUUCCUCUGCCAGGGCCGGGCCCUGCUGGGCCCCACCCAGGGCUGGCAGGCCUCCGCCAGCGACGAGAGCACCUACCAGCCCUCUGCCUGGUGCCGGGCGCCCUCUGGGAAGGUGGUGGCCGCAGAGAGGCUGUAG